CUGGGCGGUGGGGCUGAGCAGCCUGCGGGCCUGGCAGCUCCAGGAGCGGUGUGAAACCUCGUUUCCUCGUCGGUGAGAUGGAAAUAAUAAAACCGCCCCACAGCGGUUUUUUUAAGCAAGUGAAAUGACGUGUGUAAAGCAUCUUAAAGAAGCGGUGACCGGGGAGGUCUUACAUGUCAGAAGUUACUGGAAACAAUGGAUGCGGCUCGAAGUUUGAGAAGUUACGAGGUGCGUGUGUGGUUUCCUGGUCUGACGCAGGUACCGUUGGCCUCCUGUUUGCUCCUGUCUGCCGCGUGAAAGGGCGCGCGUGGGUGCACACGCUGCCCAUCUGCCUCAGUGGGGAGCCGUGCGCCACGUAGGCCCAGGAUGGCGUAAGGCACACGCCUCGUGCGUAGUACGGAUGCGGCUCGCUCAGCAUUCGGUCAUACCGCUUUCUGUUCUUAGCAGUAAACUGUCAGGGAUGCCUGUUUCGAUGGAGUGAUACCUCUGAAAACGUCCGGUAAUCGAGCCACAUCAUGUCUGAAACCCACUAAGAGUUCACCGUUUAAAGAACUCUAGCAGGUCACUGACAACAUCUUGGCCAUGGCUCGCCCGUCCACUGAGCUCCUCGAGAAGUACUGCAUCAUCGAGCAGUUCCGAAGCCAUGGCAUAAAAACAAUCAUCAACCUGCAGCGCCCUGGGGAGCAUGCCAGCUGCGGGAACCCCCUGGAACAAGAAAGUGGCUUCACGUAUCUUCCUGAAGCUUUCAUGGAGGCCGGCAUCUAUUUCUACAAUUUCGGAUGGAAGGAUUACGGUGUGGCAUCGCUUACCACUGUCUUAGACAUGGUGAAGGUGACGACAUUUGCCUUACAGGAAGGGAAAGUAGCCAUCCAUUGUCACGCAGGGCUUGGUCGAACAGGCGUCUUGAUAGCAUGUUACUUGGUUUUCGCCACGAGAAUGACUGCUGACCAAGCGAUUAUAUUUGUUCGGGCGAAGCGACCCAAUUCCAUACAAACUCGAGGACAGCUCCUCUGUGUAAGGGAAUUUACCCAGUUCCUCAUCCCUCUCCGCAAUAUAUUCUCUUGCUGUGACCCCAAGGCACACGCCGUUACUUUAGCACAGUAUCUGAUUCGCCAGCGGCAUCUGCUUCACGGUUAUGAGGCCCGCCUUCUGAAACACGUGCCCAAAAUCAUCCACCUCGUUUGCAAACUGUUGCUGGAUUUAGCUGAGAACAGGCCAGUGGCGACAGAAGAGGUGGCAGAGGGGCCCCGCCUGUGUGCGGAAAUCGAAAAGACUGUUUCUGAGGUGAUCAGCAUGCAGCUGGACAAAGAGUUACUGAGGCAGGGCAGUGACGCCUCAGACUCCUUGCCGCCCGCUGCCGUGGCCGUGGAUUUUGAGAAUCAGGAUGUGAUUCUUUCCAGCGAACAGCAGAUUGACCCUCUUUGGAAGAGGCGGAAUGUUGAGUGCCUUCAGCCCCUGACGCCUCUGAAGAGGCGAUUCAGCUACAGCGACUCUGACUUAAAGAGGGCUGAGUCACUUCUGGGGCAGGGGGCAGCUCCGUGGGCGGGGCCUGCCGCAGCCUUGCUUGGCCAUAACCCCAGACAGCAGAAGCCCAUAAGCCACUGUCACGCCCCCCAGUCUCCACAGCUUGAUCUGAGUACGGAGACGCUGGUCCGAAAUACAUUCUCUUUCUGGAGUCAAGCUAAAUUUGGAGGCCUGGAAGGACUCGGGGAUGAGGGGUCACCGGGUUUCCAUAGGGAGACCGCUGCGAAGGAAGUACAGCGGAGUAGAACCUUCUCCUCGGGGGUUUCAGGUCCCUACGACCCUGGGGAUCCAGUGAGACCCAGCUUUGCGGAUGUCCCUCGGGAACCGGACCGUUGUCCCCAGCAAGCGCCCCGUCUGUGUGGAGCUCCCGCCGCUCACUGCUCUGAGACUCCCCGCAGCCCCGGGGACCGUGACUCGCUCUGCAAAGUACCCUCCUCGGUUGGACCCACAGCCCAGGAAGGCGAAGACCUGCCUGAGGUCGCUGCGCACGCUGCUUCGCAGGCCGAACCGAGUGCCGAAGCCAGGAGAGUGCUGGCGGCCAAAGCCCUGGCAGAUCUCAGUGAGCCUGCAGAAGAGGAGGGAGUGAAGAGGAAGGUAGAGAUGUGGCAGAAAGAACUGAAUUCCCGAGACGGAGCUUGGGAAAGAAUAUGUGGCGAAAGGGACCCUUCCAUCCUGUGCAGUUUAAUGUGGUCUUGGGUGGAGCAGCUGAAGGAGCCUGUGAUAACCAAGGAGGACGUGGACAUGUUGGCUGGCAGCCACACCGAGGCCGCAGAAGCGUUGUUUUUGUUAGAGAAGGGCCAGCACCAGACCAUUCUCUGCGUGUUGCACUGCAUUGUGAACCUGCAGCCCAUCCCUGCAGAUGUGGAGGAGGCCAUCCUUGCCCGCGCCAUUAAAGCCUUCACCAAGGUUAAUUUUGACUCUGAAAAUGGACCGAUAGUUUACGACACCCUAAAGAAAAUAUUUAAGCACACACUGGAGGAGAAAGGGAAAAUGACAAAAGAUGGCCCUCAGCCUGACGUUUAGUGACGCUUCCCCACGGCGGACACUCCAGACCCGGAGACCCAGGCGGCAUUCUUGCGUACAGAUGAACAGGAAGGGGGGUGUGGAGCCGUUUCGGGUCCCAGCACUUUAUCUCAGACGCUCUUGGUUUGUGCAAAGAACACUCAUUUCUGUUGCGAGCGAUUAUUUGUUUUAAAAUACCCUUGAGCUACAUUUUUGUGUUGAAAAAUUGCCAUAAUGUUGGUGCCACUUUCUUGUAUUUAUUUAACUGAAUUCAUAUUGUGUUAAUGUGUUAAGUACAUGGUGUUUACAUCUUUAUUCUUUUUGACAUUUUGGAAAAAGUUGUAAUUCUUCUUUCCAAAACAGUUAUUUUGUUGACGGAGCUCUUGCUGGAGUUUUUACCAAGUAGGUAAUUUUAGCAGUAAAACUUCACUGUGGGUCCGUGAGCCUGAUCCAUGACCUGAGGAAGUCACAAAGUGUCUUCAACUAUUUUGUAUUUGUUAGUAAGAAGGCGAUUGAUAACAUUUUUAAAGGAUUUUUUUAAUUUGGAAA